AUGUCAAUGUGGCUAUCCGAUAACCAGAAGAUUGGGGUGGUGUUCUGCUCAGGCGGUAGGCUUGCGAUGGGAAACAUCCUCUUCCUCAUCGGCUUGACAAUCAUCAUCGGCCCGCAAAAGACAUUCUUCUUCUUCGCCAGGAAGCAAAAAGCAAAAGGCACGGCCGCCUUCUUCGCCGGCCUCACCCUGAUACUCAUAAAAUGGACCUUCAUCGGCUUCAUAGUAGAAGCCUACGGCAUCGCCGUCCUGUUCGGCGACUUCCUGGGCACCAUCGCGGGGUUCGCCCGGGGGCUGCCCGUGGUUGGGCCGUACAUCGGAAUGCUUGCGGAUCGGAUAGGACUUGGUCGGCGCAAUGCCGAGUUGCCCGUCUAG